UAGGAGGGAGCAGGAGGGACGGGGACUGCGGUGAUAAACAAACGGGAGUAUCUCCUUCAGCCCCGCGUCUGUGUCAGGAUCACCCCGAGGAGAGCUGAGCUCCAUAUUUAGAGCCUAACCCGGGUCGAACCCCGGGACAUUAGCUCAGAAGAACACCGGGAUAUUGCUCCAGGGAGUCGGCUUAUGUGACUCUUCAGCACCGGGAGGAGAAACGAGAGAACCAUGACGGAGCUGAGGAAGAGAGGAGGAGGAGGAGACCCCGACAGCACCGACAAUAUCAGCGACAAGGAGGCUGAUGGUGAUGACAGGCUGGGCCUGCAAGGCGAUGCAGAGGGUGAAAUUGAUGCAGACUCUAAAGCAGACACUCCAGAUGUUCUUCUAUCCACUGCAGACACAGACAACACUCCUCAGUGUCUGAACAAAGCUCUUGAGGGCCUGCCACCCAGAUGGAAGAAUUACUGGAUACGAGGAGUUCUGUCUUUGGCCAUGAUUUCAGGCUUUUUCCUCAUCAUCUAUAUGGGCCCUAUCACUCUGAUUUUAGUGGUCAUGAGUGUCCAGAUCAAGUGCUUCCAGGAAAUCAUUACCAUUGGCUACAGAGUUUACCACUCUUACGACCUGCCGUGGUUCAGGACACUCAGCUGGUACUUCCUGAUUUGUGUGAACUACUUCUUCUAUGGUGAGACUGUGGCAGAUUAUUUUGGCGCUCUCGUGCAGAGGGAGGAGCCCCUGCAGUUUCUGGCUCGUUAUCACCGAUUCAUCUCCUUCGCUCUGUACCUGGCAGGUUUCUGCAUGUUUGUGCUGAGUUUAGUGAAGAAGCAUUACCGCCUGCAGUUUUAUAUGUUUGCUUGGACCCAUGUGACCCUGUUGAUUGUGGUAACUCAGUCCCACCUUGUCAUUCAGAACCUGUUUGAAGGGAUGAUCUGGUUUAUCGUCCCAAUCUCCAUCGUGAUCUGCAACGACAUCAUGGCAUACCUGUUUGGGUUUUUCUUUGGGAGGACUCCUCUGAUCAAGCUCUCCCCAAAGAAGACCUGGGAGGGCUUCAUCGGAGGCUUCUUCUCCACCGUGGUCUUUGGCUUCAUCCUGGCCUACCUGCUGUCUCAGUUCCAGUACUUUGUGUGUCCUGUGGGCUUCAACAGUGAAACUAACAGCUUCACGGUCGAGUGUGAGCCUUCAGAGAUCUUUGUGAUGCAGGAGUAUACUCUGCCUGCAGUGAUCCAAAACACGCUGAGAUGGAAAACCGUGAACCUGUACCCAUUCCAGAUCCACAGCAUCUUCCUCUCUUCCUUUGCAUCGCUUAUCGGACCAUUUGGUGGAUUCUUCGCCAGCGGCUUCAAGAGGGCCUUCAAAAUAAAAGACUUUGCAAGCACCAUCCCAGGUCAUGGAGGCAUCAUGGACCGAUUCGACUGUCAAUACCUGAUGGCCACAUUUGUUCACGUCUACAUCGCCAGCUUUAUCAGGGGGCCGAACCCGAGCAAAGUGCUGCAGCAGCUGUUGAUGCUCCAGCCUGAACAGCAGCUCAGCAUCUUCCACACGCUACACUCACAUCUGAGAGAGAAGGGGAUACUGCCCCCCGCCGCCGCCCAGGCUGAAUGAAACACUACCGGCUGCACUGAGGGAUGAUGGGAGAUGGUGUGUAUGUGUAAGUGUGCACAUACACUCAUCAGGCUGAUUGGUGUGUGAUCCAAAGAAACCCACAGAGCUUCCAUCAUCGCCUUGCCGGUUCUUCAUACCACAACUCUGAACCCGAGCUGACUCUUCACACUGGUGGAGUUACCUCGUAGAAAAAACACAUUUAAACCUACAACAUGGCGGCUUUGUUGCUUCGACUUGGACUGUCGCGCACUUGCCGAGGUCCUCAUCCAAAAAACUAAAGCAGACUGAUGAGAAAAAGGAACAAAAGGACUCUAUGCACAUGGCUCUCUCUGCACAUGACAGUCCAUGUGGAUGCAGAUAUUGCACUGACUCUAGCUGAACAAAGAAUCUAAGAAGCUUUUACCAGCAGAACCUGGGCCCAAAGUGACAGGCAUGUGGACCUACGCUGCAGAAAAACAGACUGAUGAGACUCUUCUUAGUUGGUUUUAGAGAAACACACUGUAGACUCUGGGCUCCUUUAUACUCUGCAUUAACAUCCGUUCUGGGCAUUCGGAUAUGAAGUGAUAAUCUUUAAUGCUUUGGACUGAAAGCAGUUUGAUUUCUGAUCGUUCAGAGUUUAACAGAGGUGGUCUGAGAGACCUUCAUCCAGACAGGUGUAGUGUAGACCAUAGGCCCCUGUCCGUCUUUAACAGGUGAGACUCUCUCUGUAGUUGUAGUUGAAUAUCCAACACAUAUUUAGAGCCACCUUGAGGAACUCCAUUUGGUUUCCAGUGAUGUGGACGCUGUGAGUUCAUUAAGGGUCAGUGUAUUUGCUAGCAGAUCCAUUUCCUGAUUGAAACAAGACUCAAAAAUCAGGAGAAACUCUCAUUUUCCCGUUUUUCCAUUUUUGACCAAAAAUGGAAAAACAAGCCGUUUUUCCAUGGUUUUUCUUGUGACCACAAUUAGAAAAAAAAAUGUAAAAACUAUUGUUUUUUCUGUUUUGGUUACAAAAAUGGAAAAACAAACAUUAAAAAAAAAAAAGGUCAAAUUUCAAUUCUGUUAUUUUGUUUUCUUCAUUUAAUGAAAUACUUGAAGAAAAGGAAAUCAUGUGACCCAUUCGGAAAUGUGAGCUUUUCAAAAUAAAAGCCUUCGUGUCAAACAAGAGCCAUCUAUUGUGUUUUACAGUAUGGAAAAACCAAAAUAUUGAAUAAGGAGAGUUUCUCCUAUUUUAUCGUCUGGUUUCAACCAGGAAAUGGAUCUGCCAGAAAAUACACUGACCAUUAAGACUAACAAAGAUCAUGUCUGACAUGAUUAACCAGAAUCCUGAUUCAGGGAUUCACUAAAUAACAACGAGCCAACGAUGAUCCCUUAUUUAUUUGACUUUAUUUAACCAGGAAAACCUCGUUGAGAUUAAAAAUCUCAUUUACAAGAGUGUCCCCUUAGUUUAAACUGAUAUAAAAUCCUUUAGUAACUCAGGAGACUACUGCUCACUUCAGCUCACAUUUAAAAUCCUACCACAGCAAUUUACUGUCAGAUCAGACAGAGAAGUUUAAAAAUGAAACUCUGAUUAUCCACAGUGACUGUGUUUACAUGGACUUGACUAUCCCGGUUUCUGUUUGAGCAUGAAUACAUUGUCAGAAGUCAGGAUAUGCCAGUUUCCCAGUUCUGAGAAACCUGUUUUUUUCUUCCUAGAGAACUCCAUAAAACAGUUCUAGGGUCGUCCCUGCAGUGGUGUCGGAACGCCCUGACAUGGAUGGCUAAUGCAGAGUAAAGCAGGUCUCUGUCUGAUAGACCCUAUUUAAC